AUGAGAUUCCAGUGGGCCCUUGUGUUGGUGCUGCCAUGGAUAGUGCUUGGGAAGAAGCAUAAGCAGUCUGUGUUUCGCUUGACCAAUGGCGAGCCCGAUGUCAAAAAGAAAGAGAAGGCAUUCGAGGAGACUGUUGCCAAUGCACGAUUUGCCUUGGUGAACUUCAAUUCGUUCAGACCUUCUUGCAAGGAAUGUGCUGAGUUGGAGACCUCAAUGAAGGAGGUGGCCAAGAAGCUGAAGAAGAAAGGAGUGGUUUGCGGCAUGAUGGACGGAGAUUUGGCUGUAAAUGUCGAGGCAAAGGACAAGAAUAAUGUCACUAGUUUACCCACUUUGGUCUUCUUCAGAAGUGGCUAUGGAAUAUCUAAGCAGGAAGGCUUUCAGUCAGCGAUGAGCAUUGAACAGUGGGUAAAUGCAGUUGCUGGCCCAGAGGUAGAAGUCUUUGAUACCAGUCUUGUCAGAUCAAGAUGUGGCAUGAUUCUUUCGAAGUGGAAGAGUAAUUAUUUGACCAACAGACAUUAUCCGGUAUGA